AACGGGCCAGAGAGGACCCAGAAUCAUGUCAGUGGUUCUUCCCACUCUGCUCUAUCUCGGAUUGUAUCUCACCCAGAGCACUCAGGCUGCGAUCGCACAGCAUCGCAAACCUGUUAUCACAGCUCAGCCUGGAUCCGAGGUUCAAUAUAAUGAACCAGUGACCAUCCGAUGCCAAGGGCCUCCCUACGCUGAAGCCUACAAGAUAUACAAAAAGAUAGAACCUGAGCCUAGGAAUGGAAGUAAAUUCCUGGUGGCUGGUAGGACCAACACUUUAUAUAUCCAAAAGAUGAAGUGGGACAAUAUAGGACUGUACCGCUGUUCCUAUAUGGGAGCAGGAUUCUGGUCCCCCCUCAGCAACCCCCUGCAACUGGUGAUGACAAUGGUUGGUCUCACCGCACCUGUUAUGAAAGCUCUGCCUGGACCCAUGGUUUUAUAUAAUGAACCAGUGACCAUCCUGUGCCAAGGGCCUCCGGACGCUGAAGCCUACAAGAUAUAUAAAGUGGAAGGACUCGAGCCUAGGGAAGAACGCAAAUUGCUGGUGGCUGGGAAACCUAACACUUUCUCUAUCCAAGAGAUGAAAGCAAACUGGACAGGACUGUACCACUGUUCCUACGAGAGAGGAGUGUGGUCCCCGCCCAGCGGCAACCUGGAUCUGGUGAUGACGGGUGAGUGGGACCCAGGCAGCAAAGCCGGGAGGGACCUCUUUGCAGAGGGAGAACCAGGCUCUAAGAUACGGAGCAGGAAGCAGCAAAGCCUCUACCUCUAGGAAGGCAUCAGGGAUGAUGCAGAGACACAUUCCCU